AUGUCCCAACCAAAAAUCAAAGCGGUCUUCUUCGACUUCAUGGGAACAUGUCUAGAUUGGCACGGCAGUGUAGUCAAAGCUUUACUUCCUACUAUUACCCAAGAAGAAGCCUCAAAGCUAGCCCUUGAAUGGCGCCGGCAAUACUUCCUCGAAAACAGCAAUCGUGUCAGUCAAAACCUUCACCCAGAAGAUAUCGAUAUAACCCUUGCCCACACUCUUGAAGUCGUUCUCGACCAGUCGCCCGAGCAUCAACUCCUCUUCGACAGUGAAGCCAAAGCAAAACUCAUUCAAGCAUGGCAUGCCCAGAAGGCGUGGCCUGAGGUUUCAGAAGCAAUUAAGAGUCUUAGAAUCAAACUCGGCCUGGAAGUGUUUGUUCAUGCAAACGGCACGACCCGGUUACAGUUGGACUUGACUCGCUCAUCGGGAUUAGAUUUCAAUAUGCUGUUUUCAAGCCAGCUUUUGGGUUCUUACAAGCCCAACCCGGAGGCAUAUCAGGUAGGGCUACAGCUUGUCAAACUCCAGCCAGAAGAGGUUGUGUUAGUUGCGGCGCAUGCGUAUGAUCUGCGGGGUGCGAAGAAAUGUGGCUUGAGGACUGUUUACGUUCAUCGUUGGACCGAUGACAUUGAUGAAAAUAUGGAUGAGGUUAGAGGUGAAUUUGAUGCGUUUUUGGACAAUAUGGAUGGGCUUGCUGAUGUCAUUGCGGGGUUAUGA